UCCUGCUGAAGUCCAUAGUGCCACACAGGACAGAACUGACGCCAAGCUGCUGCUCAGGGUGGGGCUUUAAGGCACGUUCAUCCCCGGCAGCCAGCAGGUAGGAUCAGGUGUUAGUCCUGCAGCUCGCCACCUGCUCUGUGGCUGCGUUCCCGCAGCAACAAGGAGGAAUGGAUGUGAAAUUUGUCAUUGUUUUGGUUGUUCUACCACUCAUGGUUAGUCAGACGUCUGAGACUUUGUUUCCUGGGGCCUUUAACUGUUGCAUGAAAAUUUCAAAUGAAAUUCCCAAAGGAAUUCUCAGAAGAGUGGAGAGAUUUGAAAUCCAGAAAGCUGAUGGCCUGUGUCACCUAGAGGCUGUUAUUCUUCACAUGAAAGGCAAAAAGUUCUGUGUGAAUCCAUGGAACAGAAAAAUCAAGAAAAUGAUGAAGAAGAUGAAGCACAAGAUUCAUAGGAGCAAAUCUCAUAUCAGAAAGCAGAGAAGAACCAGAAUUACCAAACAGAAAGAACAGAAGCAGCAGCAAAAUGAAGCAAGACCAUGAUGAAGAUACUGUGCCAUACAGCACUGUGGGCGAGGAUACCAGAUUUCACCAGUGGUGGAUGAUUGUAGGAUUAAAAUGACUUUUCAAAUCUCUUUGUGCUGGAGAAAGCAGAGGCAGAAAACAUCACCUGUACUCAGAACAAUGCUGAUCAGAUUAUCAGACAAAUGACAAGUUGUUCCUGGUAAUGCCUUGUAACAAGUACUUGCCAUACCUCCUGGAUCUUUUCGCAGACUUAAAUCUUCCUCUCUCUCUCACCCUGCUUUUAUGGCAACCUCCCCUGUGAUUUCUGUUUUAACAUACUGCUCCUUCUCAUUCCUCAAUUUUUACCCAGUCCUAUCCUUUUCCUUAUUCUUCCCUGCCAGCAAUCAUCUUUCUGCUGUUGCCUGUUUUGUUUACAUUCUUCCAGUCAUUAAUCUUUUUUCUUCAUCUUACAUAGUUUCACAAACACUUUUUCAGAUAGUUCCAGCUUGUUUGUCAACACCAUAUCUUUUACGUGUUCUAAGCAGUCUCUGCUCCCAGCUGUUAAUACCAUGAAAUAUAAUUUCAGUGGUAAUAUCUGAUCCUCUUCAUAGGAUUCAAAGUGUGGCACUCAGAGCUAUGCAAUAAAGAUCAUCUCUAUUGCUUUUGUUCAUUCAA